UUAUGGGUACUAGGUAUGGGGUUAGUUUCGUAAGGUUGCCGGAAGAGAUCGUGGGCACAGGACGUGUCUCCUUUUACGCGCUUUAUAAUAAUGAACAUCUCACCAUUGCGCAGUUCCCAAAGAAGUGCGCGUCCGUGAUGCAACGCUUCACAUGUUUGGUUGCACGUCGGGAACUCGCACCUCUGGCCUGUCCUUGGAUGUGGAAUACUCUGUCUGCAAAGCAGGAGGAGACCCGUUGGCAAUCAUGGUCGCAUCAGCGCGUGCGUCUUCAUUCCAGCUGUGCAGUCUCUCCGAAGCGCGCUUGGCACAGUCUGCGCCGACUGUCUGCGCCAUUCUGCGCUGGGCAGGAAUACAGACUUUAUAGUAAAGAUAGAGACAGAGACUCUAAGGUCACUCAUCAUCCUGGCAUCACAGUAGUGGGCACCCCGGAUCCCGUGACAUGGAUCAGGAACAAGAUUAUUUUGUUUUUAAUUGAACUCUAUUUUGGCUUGAAGUUCAAUGUGGAGUUUGACAGUGGCGUGAAACAGGCAGUGGUCCAUGUCUCCGCCAUGCUAUCCAAAGGCAAGUUUGAGGAGUUGAGAAGUGUGAUGUCAAAAGAGGCUGUUGAAAGUGUCCGAAAGAAAUGUAAAAUUCUGUCAGAGACCCAAAAGAGACAUCUUGCGAUCCCUCUUGAAGACAUCUUAUUUCUACUUCCUGAGGAUGUUUCUAUAUUCUUUGACCAGAGAGGCAGGAAGUUCUGUUACAUCAUGAUGAGGUUUUGGCACCUGUCCAGUGCAGAUGUACCUGACGACCCUGAGAGCACCCGAGUCUUCAAGAUGGACUUCUCUGAAGGCCACGACGGUCCUCAAAAGAAGAUCAUCACAGCUGUGUAUGAGUUUCAUCGCGAGUUGACGGUUGGAGCCGACCCAGACUGGACGGUGACCAGCAUAUGGCACUGGAAACAACUCGAGUGAAACCCAUCACUCCGGAUUACACUUUUAACUUUACCACACUAAAACUAGAAUUACUCACAUGUUUUUUUAGCAAAGUCAGUUGAACUGUCACAACUAGAGGUCGACCGAUAGUGGAUUUUGCCGAUACCAAUAACUAAGUUGGUGGAAAAUACAACAAUCGAUUAAUCGGCCGAUAGUUUUUUUUUAAAAUCGAUUUAUUAAAUGUUAAAAAAUUAAUUCUUAGUCUUUCCUUACUGUGACAGGCGCAGACAUAGAGGCUGCAAGAGUCAAAAAUAAUUAAAAUCCCAUAUGCGUGUUUGUUGUGCAGCCAAAAUCCCAAUAAUAACCAGAACAAAUGACGAUUUGAUGCAUAAUGCUGGACUUUUAAUAAUAAACAAGCCGAAAAUACACCAGGAACUCUUAUUUUGCAAUGUCUGUGCUUCCAGCUCACACAAACACACAAGGGAAAUAAAACGUUCACUUUUAAAAUCAUCUGCAAUGUAUUACAAUAGAAUCGCUAUGAAGUAAACAUUGACAUAUGGGCUGAUAAAUACUGGAUGAGCUGUAAUUAAGCAAGAGUAGAUCAUCAUUCAUCAAUGGUUGAUCAUCAGGGAUAGCUUGUCAGUUGUCACGUUUUUUUUUUUAAUAACAUUUUGCAGUAUUGAUCGUGAAAAAGUCCAUAAACAGUGAUGGUUAAAGAGUCAUGCCUCCAUUACAAUCAGGGCCUUUUUAGGCAUAGGCGAACUAGGUGGUCGCCUAGGGCGCCAUCUGCUGGGAGGGCGUCAAAGAGGAGGCCUCUGCCAAACCAAACCCCCCCCCCCCCCCCCAUGGGGGUGCCAAUAGGGAUCUCGCCUAGGGUGCCAGAAUGGUCUGAAACGGCCUUGAUUACAAUGCUCCAUGUAAAUAUUCACCAAGUUAAGCUUUUUGUAGCCUACAUAUUCACCAGAAUAAAGGCUUUGGCCACAGAGGAACACAGAAGAAUAGAAAAAAAAUAUAUCGGCAAACAUCGCUGUCAAUAUUUGCCGAUAACGUUCCAAAAAGCGAUUAUCGACACUGAUUAAAUGCCAAAACCGAUAUAUCGGUCGACCUUUAGCUUUUAUGCCUCUCAUCCACACUGGAAUGGCGUUUUCUUCCACCAAAAACUGAGACUUUGAAAACACUCUUGUCCCGCAGUUUGAGUUUUCAAUUAAAAACGGUUUAGUGUGGACUCCAGCUACCUCGCUUAUACAAAGUGUACAGGUUAUUCAAUAAAACAACCCACAAUAACAGUAAGUCUGUCUAAUUAUUUUGCAAGUAGUAUUAUUUUUUUAGCAGUAUUUUUUUAUUUUAUUUUUUUAUAAAUUGUCAAAUAUUCACUGUUCAAUGGUUUUGAAAUAAAAGUGAAGUGUUAUUUUCAUGCAGAUAGCACCCCAUAUAGCAUUGGUUGGACAAACAGAUAGUCAAGCCCGAUAAACCGAUAACUAUCAAAAAUCAGCUUAUUAAAAAAAAAGGCUGGGCUAUGAGCAAAAAUCAGGGUUCCAACACGUUCUGGAAAACCUGGAAUUUUGCAGUGCAGUUUUCCAGUCAUGGAAAAGUCAUUAAAAUGAGAUUUGAAAUCAUCUGACUAUCCUGUUUUUGAUGUUAAAACGUAAACAGGCACGACACAACAUUGCGCUCAAUGGAUAGUCCGACUAGGUCUGUUUGUACGAUUUCAUUCAGACUAAAAGACAAAUUACUGUUUUAGUCCGACUAAAGUCAAACCACCGACAGAGCCAACGAAACGUUCCAACAUGAUAGUAUGGAAAAGUCGCACUUGAAUUGAAACAGGCCGAGGAUGAGACUCUUAAGAUUUCCAACAUGACAAACAGCAACAUUUCACAGUCAUAUUUGAUACUUUCAGAUCACACACAACAACAGAUGGGCCUUGAGACCAAUUAUCACCUAAUUUGGAUAUUAAAACAAAUCCUUUGUUAAAGUGACAGGAAGCUGUCCUCACUCGUGCGUUAAUGUCAUCCUAUUUGUGUGGAAAACGUCAUUGUUUAUGCAUUCAUGGCUUUACAAGGAGUCAUCGAAUUAUCAUUGACUGAAAUUCAUUAAAUCAUUUCGAAAUAUGGCUGUGGGAUUAUUAUAAUUUUUGUAGGCAGUAAUGGAUUGUUCAAUUUGCGUGGGUGUUUUGUCAUGUGCGUGCAAACAAGUCGUAAUAUGAUUAACAGUGGAGAUCAUACCUCCUGUUUCAAUUGAAAUAAAUAUGUUAAUACCAUAUUAGGCAAUUAAUCACGGCGGCUUCAACUACAACUGAACUGAACAAAAGAAAAUAAAAACAUUAAUGUGCUUCGCAAAGCUGUUCCUCUCCUCCUGGGCUUUUAUCAUGGAUUAGGGAAUAUUUGCUUUUAUUAAUCUGUUUAUUGUACUGAGCAAUAACUCGUAUUUCUGAUGUGUUGUACUGAUGUUGUCGAAUAAGACAAGGAGAGCAAUUCUUCCAAUGUUCUGUGUGUAUAUUUGCUUAUACAUUUAACUUAAUCAAACUGCGAAAAGAAACUAAAAUAGACUAUUACAAACAGAUUGAAUUGAAAACUAGACCAAGAGCUGUAAUAAUUGUGGAAUACACUAGGUCAGUAGGGCUGUGUAUCGACAGAUUUCUUAAUUUGACUCGAUUAUGAUUCACAAGCUCUUGAUUCAAUGAGAUUUAGAAUUCUGAUUCAUUGUGGUACAUUUGAGUUGUAAUGUCCAUUUGCUUACAUUCUGCACUCAAAAAAAAUAUUUUAAAGAGCAGCUAUUAUGGUUUUUAAACGUGCCUAAUUUAAUUUUAAAGGUCUCAUACAAUAGAUUUACAUGCAUCCAAGGUCAAAAAACACUUUAAUUUGCUCAUAAUUUAAAUUGCAGCAUUACCUUUUUUUUCCCAGUGUCAAAAACGACUCGUUCAAUGAUCCAUUCUAAAGGAUUCAUUCUAAACUCCUCCUUUCAGAGAGCCUACACUGCUCUGAUUGGUCAGAUGUCCCAGUCUGUUGUGAUUGGUCUACCGCUUAGUGUAGUGUUUGAGGGCGGGUCAAAGCUGUUCGUGAGCAGACAAUGAAGACCAGAGGUGGGUUUUUUGUUACCAAAUUACGUAGGUUAGUACAGGAAGUAAGUCUGGAAUUACUAACGACUCGUUUCAGGUGUUCAGAAUCAGUUCUUUCUUUUGGGAGUCAAUAACACCAUUUGUUGUGCACUUUGAUUUUUGAAACUUUGCAGACUUUUUUACAUUCACAAACAGCUAUAUAACACACUACAUGAAAGGUAAUAUUUGAAAAACCAUAAUAGGUGCUCUUUAAGAUUUACACAUUUCAAUUUCAUAACAAAAUUCCUUCAAAUUGAAUUGAGUAAUCUUUAACUAAAUAAAAUAAAUGUUAUUAAUUUAAAUACAUUUUAAUUUUGUUAAAAAUGUUUCAAUUUGUUGAAAAUUUAUGAAAUUGAAAUGCGUAAAUUUUACAAAUAGGCAAAAAUAUUUUGUAUGAACAAAAUUCUCUCUCAGCUAUUGCUGUAAAUUACACAGGGAACCUUCUAACUUUGAAAAUAUAAUUUUUUUUUAAUUAACAACAGGGCUCAAACUAUUCCAUUCAGUUGUUAAUGUAAAAGAUUGAUCUUGGAAUAUUAAAAAUCGAUAUCGGGAUUGUUUAAAUAAAGAACACGAUUAUUCUGAAAAUCAAUAUUUUUACCCAGCCCUAGAGGCCUGUAUUAAAGUCUAGACCUGGGCUAGGAGCAAAAAUCAGGGUUCCCACGUGUCCUGGAAAACCUGGAAUUUUGCAGUGCAGUUUUCUAGUCAUGGAAAAUGAUAAAAAUACCUAAAUAUCCUGGAAAAAUAAUUAUUUGUUCUGGAAAAUAUUUAGUAUAAUAACACUGUAAUGACUGUGUCGCUAACAAAGUUUUUGUUACAUGUACAAAAACAUGGUAACGAUCAGGACUUGGGAUAUGUGUGAAAUACAAAAAAAUGUGUAACAUUUUGUUUUAUAU